CCCUAGCGGCGGAGCAGGCAGCCGUGAGCGUCACAGCGCCGCUGUCCGUCCCCGCUACCGGAGUGGAAGUUGCCCCCGUCUGGGUAAAGCCGGGUCUCGGAGCCGCUCUUCCCGCCGUCGCCGCCGCUUUGGACGCGUCCCCCGGAGCCAUGAGGCGGAAGGAGAAGAGGCUGCUGCAGGUCGCGGGGCUGCUCAUAGCCGCUCUCCUCUUCCUGCCGAACGUCGGGCUGUGGUCUCUGUACCGGGACCGAGUCUUCGACAACUCCCCCGACACGGCGGACGGUCCGGGCGGCAUCCCCGCGAGACAGGGGGUGAACCGGAUGGGGAGGGACGCUCUGGUGGGACGCGACGGCGUCAGGAGGAAAGACUGGCACGACUAUGAGGCCAUCAGGAGAGACGCCGCUCGAUCCGGAAACGGGGAGCAGGGGAAGCCGUUCCCCCUGACGGACGCCGACCGGGUGGACCAGGCCUACAGGGAGAACGGGUUCAACAUCUUCGUCAGCGACAGGAUCUCCCUGAACCGCUCCGUCCCCGACAUCCGACAUCCCAACUGUAGGCAGAAGCUGUACUCGGAGAAGCUCCCCAACACCAGCAUCAUCAUCCCGUUCCAUAACGAAGGCUGGUCGUCGCUGCUGCGGACGGUCCACAGCGUGCUGAACCGCUCGCCGGCGCCGCUCAUCGCAGAGAUCAUCCUGGUGGACGACUUCAGCGACAAAGAACACCUGAAGGGGGCGCUAGAGGAGUACAUGGUGCGGCUGCCGAAGGUGCGCAUCCUGAGGACCAAGAAACGGGAGGGGCUUAUCAGGACACGCCUCCUGGGAGCGGCAGCAGCCACAGGGGAGGUCAUCACCUUCCUGGACUCUCACUGUGAGGCCAACAUCAACUGGCUGCCCCCCCUGCUGGACCGAAUCGCCCUCAACAGGAAGACCAUCGUCUGCCCGAUGAUCGACGUCAUCGACCACGACAACUUCGGCUACGAAACGCAGGCGGGGGACGCCAUGAGGGGGGCGUUCGACUGGGAGAUGUACUACAAACGGAUCCCCAUCCCUGCUGAGCUGCAGAAGGACGACCCCAGCGAACCCUUCGAGUCGCCUGUGAUGGCCGGCGGGCUGUUCGCCGUGGACAGGAAGUGGUUCUGGGAGCUGGGGGGUUACGACACGGGUCUGGAGAUCUGGGGAGGAGAACAGUACGAGAUCUCCUUCAAGGUGUGGAUGUGCGGCGGUCGGAUGGAGGACAUUCCCUGCUCACGGGUCGGACACAUCUACAGGAAGUACGUCCCCUACAAGGUCCCCGGGGGGGUCAGCCUGGCCCGGAACCUGAAGCGCGUGGCGGAGGUGUGGAUGGACGAGUACGCCGAGUACGUCUACCAGCGCCGGCCCGAGUACCGCCACCUGUCUGCGGGAGACGUGGCUGCGCAGAAGGAGCUGCGCAGCACGCUCAACUGCAAGAGCUUCAGGUGGUUCAUGAAGGAGGUGGCCUGGGACCUGCCCAAACACUACCCCCCGGUGGAGCCGCCUGCAGCCGCCUGGGGAGAGGUUCGGAGCGCCGGCAGUGGUUUAUGUUUGGAGAGCAAACACUUUGUGUCCGGGAGUCCCAUCCGGCUGGAGAGCUGCGUGAAGGGGCGGGGCGACGUGAGCUGGGGCCACGGGCAGGUGUUCACGUUCGGCUGGAGGGAGGACAUCCGGGUGGGCGACCCCAUGCACACCAAGAAGGUCUGCUUCGACGCCAUCUCCCACAACAGCCCCGUCACGCUGUACGACUGCCACGGCAUGAAGGGGAACCAGCUGUGGCGCUACCGGAAGGACAAAAGCCUGUUCCACCCCAUCAGCAACAGCUGCAUGGACAGCAACCCCGGCGAGCGCCGCGUCUUCAUGAACGUGUGUGACCCCGCCUCCCCGAGCCAGCAGUGGCUGUUUGAGAAGACCAACGCCACCGUGUUGGAGCUCUUCAACCGCAGCCCCAACUGAGCCCCCCCCAUCCGCUGUGGGGGUCUCUGUCUGGCCGCGGUUUGGGAUGGGCUUCUGUUGGAGCGGUUAUCCGGCAUUCCCCGUUUUGGUGCCUCCCCUGUCCCACCUCCUCUCUGUCGCCCCCCCGAAGGCUCCAUGUGGCCACAUGACCCCCCGUAUCUGCCUGGGGGGGUUCCUGCUGAGCCAGAGUCAUCCAGCUCCCAAACUCACCUGGACGGUGAGUUUAAUUAAGACCCGCCUCUUCAUCUCUGACCCCCCACCCCCCCACCAGCUGUAAACCCACACAGGAAGUGGGUUUGCUGCUGCUCCCUGUCCCUCCAUGGCGGUGUCCCCCCCACGCCGCUGGACCCUUGGCACGCCGCCGCUUGAUCGCCCAGCAGCCGGGCCGGCCCUCUCUUCAGCUACGGUAGCUCUCGAGGUCCAAAAUGGAGGCUUAAAAUGCACAAAGCACUUACAGAGCAACCAACUUGAAUGCAAUCUCAGUGCCUUGUCAGAUGAUGACUCCACGGCGGCAGAAACGCCGCUGCGCCGGUGGAGCGUCGUCUGCACCUCUGGGUUCCUGAAAAUGAAGCUGGAUUGUCCUGUGGUGCGGGACCCUGAACGCAUCGCAGUGAACGGAGACUCUUCCUCACAGCCUCUCCUGCCUUUUGAAGUAAGCCCCGCCCACCCAUCUCCAUGGAGACGUGAUGAUGUUUGUACUCCUUUAUUCCAAAGUACUUGAGCUGGAGAUGGAAGUACGGCUUUCACCGCAUCACCUUAUCCGUUCGGUUUUCUGUUGUCCUGCAGCCGUUUUUAAAUAAAGUUUGUGUUGAAUUCGUUCCUCCUGAUUUAAAAUCAAGAGACUGAAACAGACGGAUUCUCUUAAACUGGUUUGGGGUUUUUCUGGGGUUUUUGGUUGGAUGUUGUGAUGCACCUUAAAUUGUCCUCGGCUGUAAUUUGUGUUGAAGCAGAAAAGAAAUUCCUCCCAAAGUCUUGACUUCCUAAUCAAUACUCCGAUACGAAUCAAUAAUGGACUUCUCUUUGACCAAUCACAUCCUGAUUCUGCUUUUCAUCAUCAACAACAGUUGAAAAGGAAACUUAUCAAACACUGAGAACAUUGUAGACAACAAAAAAUCUUUUAUUCCAGAUACUGAUCAAUACAUGAACCAAUCAGUGUUUUUAUUCACUCUCUGUUUUUAUUGGCUGUUAAAUCGAUAAAGUAUCAAAACAGGAAGUGCAGGUGAUUCAAAUCAGCUGAUUGUUUCUUUAUUUACAAUCUUAUUAGGGAUUUUUUUGAUUGGUGGAUUUGAUGUUUAGACACAACAAAACUCUUCCUUAGCCCCGCCCACUUACCCGUCAAUGAAAUGUUGAUGUGGGCGGAGCUAACAGCUUACCUCCACCUCCGGUUUUUGUCAGAGCUGAUCUGUUCAGCAGAUAUUUGUCUCGUUUGGACGUUUAUUGUGUUUGAUCCAAAGUGAAACAUUAGAUCAGUGAACGAUUUUUGUACUUAAAAAACUCGUUUUAAUCAAAUAACAUUUUUAAGUAGAGAAAACCAUCAACUCAGAAUUUUUAUUUAAUGAAAAAUAAAUUUCAAUUUGACUGUUUUUGUUACUUGAUUGAAUGUUUCACUUUUUUCAGUGUAUGAUUAAUGGCCCAUUUUAUAUUUUUGGUAAAUAUUUUAAUUUAAGAGAAUCAGUUGAUGAUUUCAGUCGCUGCACUCUGACAAAGAAAAGACAUUAAACUUGUUUGCAGAUGACGCCGUGCUGUUUGAUGGUUUUCUCUUACACUGUAAACAGUGAAAUGUUGGAUCAGUUAACAACAUCUCUGUAACUUGUUACAUUUAAAAACAUUAAAUUGUAUCCAAAUUUUUGUUGAUUAAACCACCAACUCAGAAUUUUCAUUUGAUGAAAAAUAACAAUUGUAGAUGUAACAAUUUACAGAAUCUUAUUUAAUUGAUCCAAUGUUUCAUUUUUUUCAGUGCAGUUCUGUUGGACUUAUCAGUCUGACCCAAACGGUUCUGACCCAAACGGUUCUGACCCAGACAGUUCUGACCCAGACAGUUCUGACCCAAACGGUUCUGACCCAAACGGUUCUGACCCAAACUGCAGUUCGGUCCGAUGUAGAGCUGUGAUGUAAUGUGUGGUUGAUCUCCUCAGAACUUCUCCAAGUCCGACAGUCACCUCCACUCUUCUUUUGUUUCUCCACAGACGUCAAAAAGUUCCUUUUUACUGGAUGUGAGUCGAGAACAAAAUAAAAAAUAUAUAUUUUUGGUUAAAUUGAGACCCUUCAGGCUUUUAUUGUGAAAGGAUUAAAUAAAACCCUUUUAUACAUUAUUUUAUGUCCGACUUCCCCUGUUGUUGUUGUUUACUGUUGUUUCUGUUUAUUCCUGUUAAGUUUAAAUUGCAGAAUUUGAGUUGAUUUCCUGUCAGCAUUUUCUCCCUGAAGUGAUGAUCCAGAUGUCUAAAUGCUGCCAUGUUUGUUUUUUGUCCUCAUGCGUUCAGAGUCAGACUUUAGAUCUAUGUUUCGGGAGUGUUCCUCCGCCGCCGCCGGGACGGUUCAGACUGUACAUUUAGUUUUUGGAGAGACAAUAUUUUUUUCUACUGACACUGAAGCUGUAAAAGUGUAUUUAGGUAUUUAACAAACUGUACAAUAAAAUUGGAAAUGUAAAAUAUUUUUGCUGACAUUGUAAAAUAAAAGGUUUCUAUAUUUGGAAAAAGA